GGCAUCACUCGUGCUUGCUUGAUCAUCAGUUUAGUCUUGAACUGUACGCCACGCGGAUUGGUUUAUCGGCAUCGUUUGUUUCACUUUUCAUCACCGUGUUAGUUUUGUGUACAUUAUUACAGAAAUGUGCAGCAUCGUUCGAUCGACUGCCGUGUCCUUCCUACUCCUCGUCUUAGUGUCCGCGAUCAAAGAAGAACUCUAUGAAGGGAGCCAGUGCACGAUGGAACAAGGUAAUCCAGGUGUAUGUAGGAAAUUGCCCGACUGUCCCUUCAGGAUACAGGAAGUAAUAGAAGGUAGAAGACAUAUGACUUCUUCGGGAAGAUGUGGUUUCGUUAAGGAUAUCGAGAUCGUUUGUUGUCCCGUAAAUAUCACGAGGAAGAUAUCGCCUCGUCCAGCUGAUAUUGCUUGCCAAGAAUACAUUGAGCAGAGCUCGCAAUUGUACGAUCUAUCUUUUCACAUAUACGGCGGAGUUGAGGCUAAACCUGGAGAAUUCCCAUACGCAGUCGCUUUAGGAUAUGUAAACCAGGACCUUUCCGAAAAUCCAGCACCUAUCACUUACGGAUGCGGAGGUAGCUUGAUCUCUAUUGAACACGUGUUAACAGCAGCACACUGUGUGAAUAAUAUAGACGAAAAAGUUCCAGUCGAAGUACGAGUAGGAAACGAAAGCAUAGUAAAUAUCGCGGCAAACGUGCAACGAAUCCCGAUAAGCGACAUAAUAUCUCAUCCGAAGUAUAAACGCAGUGUGAAUUAUAACGAUGUUGCCAUUCUGAAGUUGAAAACAAAGGUACUACUUUCCAGUGCGGUUUACCCUGUCUGCCUUCAAACCCAAUUCUUAAAUACAUUGAGCAUGACACCGAAAAUGUCUUUAAUAGUGAUUGGUUGGGGUGCUACAGACUUUAGCAGUGUGGAGCCAAACUCCAUCAAUUUGAGGAGGACACCCGCUCUCAGACUCGUGGAUAGAGAAGAAUGUACUAAAGACUACGUAGGAUUUCCAAAAUUACCCAAUGGCAUCGACGACAGCAUGAUUUGUGCCGUAGACACGAAUCUCACGAGGGGAGCAGAUGCCUGUCUAGGAGAUAGCGGAGGUCCACUGUUACUAUUCAGUCAGCAAGGCGUUAAAGUAGUGGGAAUUACGGCUUUCGGACAAGCUUGUGGUGGCUCUAAACCCGGUGUCUAUACGGCGAUAUAUCCUUAUUUAGAUUGGAUCGAGGAGCAGGUGUGGAUAAGAAGCAACGAGAACAACAAAGCUGUCGUGAAGGCUCCGAGUAACAAGAGUGAACCUGUCAUAAAACUGUCUUUUAUUAAUCCUAUCUUUAACAUCUCGUACACGUCCCACUGAGACAUGCCUUAUACGUGUUAUACAUACCUGGGGGAUAUUCGCGUAGUAGAAUUGGAUUAUGUUACGGAGACAACGGUGUAUAUCAUCUGUUCCAUUUUUCCGAUUUUCCAUCCAAUUUAAUCGUGCCUUAGAUGAUCUGUUACAUCUGCUGCGUCAUAUCCGAUGCAAUCGUAUUUUUUUAUCGUUAGAAAAUUUCUUAUUGUUAUGUGCGACUUUUUUACACUUACGUUAAAGAUUUUCUCAAAACGUUAAAAUUCCUCUUUUCGGAUUGAAAGUACAGCGAGAUUCAUAGGCGGAAAAUUAAAGGACCGCAGCAGAGUUAAUAAAUUGUAUAGCGAUUCGUAAACGAAAUUUAGUAACUGAAUAAUCUACAAAAUAUUGAAACUUUUUAGUAGAAAAGUUGGUAGAAAUUGAAGACCGCAGGGCAAGAACACGAGCUAAGUUACGAUUCCCAUUUCUUAAGCAAACAGUUUUAAAGUUGUAAAUUAAUCUCAUGUUAUCAAAAUUGUCUUUGAACUUGAUUUUGAAGCUAAUUUUACGGAUAACUUAAAUCAAUGUCGUAAUAUUAAAUUAUUGAAAGUAAUUCAAAUAUUGCUUACCUUGAAUCAUACUUCUGUCUGCUUGAGAAAUUUAUCAAUUAUAUUUUCAAGCCUCAAAGAUGAACUUUAAUUAAGUAUCCGAACCGCUAAAUUUCUAGUAUAUCCAAUGUGUGUCAUCGAGAAGGAAAGAACGAUAGGGAAUAAACAUUAACAAAACCCUCUUUUAUUUAUUCACAUUCUGUACAAAUGUUAUUUUACAUAAUGUCGAUAAUAUCUACCGGACCAGCUCGAAUUAUUGGCCGGCAAUUAUGUGAUAAGCGUCGAUUUGAAUAUUCUUCAAAGCGAAGUACAGUUAUUAAAACCGAGCAUAGGCGAUCUUGGAAUAAAGUAGAAACCGUUGUUGGCGGAUAAACGUAAGAUGUAUUGAUUGUAUGCUUUUUGUAAAAAAUGCAAAGAAAGAAAAAAUGCUUUCUAAACGAAAUAAAAAUAUUUUAGACAAA